AUGGAUCCCUCUUUAUACAAUUUUCAACAAUCUCCUCUAAUGUCUCCCAAUAUCCCUUCACUUCCGAAUUCUCUUCCAAAUUCAUUAAUGCCUCCAAAUUCACCUUCAUAUCCAACAUCUCCAAAUUCACCUCCUAAAUCUCCUUUGAUGCCUCCAAACUUGCCUCCUAAAUCUCCUUUGAUGCCUCCAAAUUUGCCUCCAAAAUCUCCUUUGAUGGCGCCAAGUAUAUCGCCAAGAUCUCCACCGGGUGUACCUCCGUCUCCUUCGAUGUAUUCUAAUUUGCCUCCAAAAUCACCUUAUAUGCCUUCAAAUUUAUCUCCAAAAUCUCCUUAUAUGCCAUCUAGUCUAUCUUCGAAAUCUCCUUAUACGUCUCCAACUUUGUCUCCUUCAAAUUCGAUAUCAUAUUCAAUGUCUCCCUUAAUGCCACCAAGUUCAACAUUUUCAAAAUCUCCUCUGAUGUCACCGAAUCAAUAUGUAAAAUCGGAUACUAGUCCUCUAACCAUCCUUAUUGAGACAGAAGAGGAAUAUUUGGCUGAUUUGAAAAGUUUAUUACAGCGAGUCACUACAUGUUGGAAUAAUGAAAAUCCACCUCCAAAGAAGUUAGAUAAUAUGUUCUGUUUAAUUGAUAAAAAACUUAACAAAAUUAAACAAGAUCCACAAUCAACACAAAGUUUUGUAGACAUAUUAAUGAAUUGGAUUGAUAAAAUGGAAAAACCAUACACAACCUAUUGCCAAGGUUAUAUACGGGGCAUCGAGUCAUUACCUGAGAUUGAAGGAAAUAUAACUUUGCAACAAACAUUGAAUGAUAUUUCAUCAGAAAAGAAUCAACUCAGAACUUUGGAAUCCUUUUUCGAAUUACCAUUAAAGAGAAUUCACUAUUAUAAAAAAUUUUAUUCUCGUCAGCUUAGGAACUCGGAGCCAGGAAGUUCGGAUAAUAUGAAUUUUACAAAUGCAAUUCAACGUAUUGAUUCACUUAUAGAAGUAGCAAAGCGGGCCAGGUGUUCGCAAAAUUCAAAUGACUUACCAACCUCACCAACUAAUCAACCUUCAGCACCAUCUGAUAAUUCUCAAGUAGAUAUGGACCAGCCUGGUUCCCCAGGGUCACCCGUAAAAAAAAUUGGGACGUUGUCAGAAUUGGAACUUUGCUUGGAUACAACCAGAACUAUAGAUUUUAUCACAUUGAAAACAAAGCAAAUCAAAAUUGAUCUUCUCCCUCCGCGUCUUCCAUUUAAUCGUGAAUUAAUUCUUGACGCUGACUUUACUAUAGUAAAUGAAGAUUACGAAUCAGAUAGUUCACCUAAUAAUUUUGUCAAAGCACAUUUAUUUUUAUUGACAGAUCUCUUGUUAGUCUGUCAACAAUUAAGUCCAGAAGAAAAAGAAAUCAACCCCAAUAAGGAAUUUAAUUUAAUGCAUCCACCAUUUAGCGGAAGGCAUUUAUCUAUAAAUGACAAUUAUGAUGGAAAGGAAGGUUUGUUUGAUAAUUAUAUAGAAUUUUUAGUUGCUUUGUUUUUCAAAGAUUUGGUUAUUUUGACAGAGAAUCGUGAACAAAAAGAAAUGUGGUUACGAGAACUUAACAGGAUGAUAAACUUUACUAUUCAAGCUGCUAAGUCACGACCGCCAACGAACUCUGGGCUAAAUAUAUAUGGUCAGCAAAAUUUAUCAAAUACACGACUCUCAAUACCUCAAAAUCCACCAAGUCCACAGACACCACUCAUUAAAAAAAGUUUAAGCACUGGUAAUCUACCAGGAGAUUAUCGACUGCAACCUCCGGCAGGAAGUCAUAUGUCACACCCUAAUUAUGGGCAAAAUGAGUUAAAUGUUACACAGUAUGAAAGAUUUCCACGAACAGCAUCAACAAUUUCGCAAGAUAAUGAAUUAAAAAUUGCACAAAGAUUUCCACGGACAACAUCAACAAUUUCGCAAGAUAAUGAAUUAAAAGUUGCCCAAAGAUUUCCACGGACAACAUCAAUGCGGUCUCAAGAACAUUUAAGAGAAGUGGAGCAUAAUGUUACUGAAGUAAUUAAAGCAAAGUGUAAAGUAUUCUUACAAAAAGAUCAUGGAGUUUGGAAGAAUUUUGGAUGGGGGGAUAUGACAUUAAAUUUAGAAUCGCCAUCACGAAAUAAAAGAAUUAUUAUCGACAUAGACAAACCAAAAAUAUCAAGAUUUGUAGACGCGAUUGUUUCUGAGUCGGGAGUUCAAAAAACGGGAAAGUGUAAAGUAGCGAUUACAGUAUCAAAUGAACGCUCACCUGUGCCAAGUAUUUAUUUGAUGCAAAUGAAGGAUGAUAAAAUUGCUAACGAAGUUUACAAAUAUAUAAGAAAGCCAUAA